CGGUGCUUCCGGCGCUCCGCGGGCGGCCAUGUUGGAGCGGCGGCGGCGGCGCAGCGGCGGGCGCGGCUCUGGCGGCGGCCGGUGUCGAGGGUUAUUUUUCCAGUAAUUUGGACCUUUUUGAAGCGCCCGAUUGCCUAAUGCCAUGAAUAUUGCAGCGAACAAUGCGGAAGAAAAAGCUGUCCAUUCCUGGUCGAGAAUUUCCUCUGCGGGACACAAAGUGCUGGAGGAAGCCCUCCGAGUCUUCAACCCCAUGUCCAAGGACCUUUCCGACACCGAGACCCAGCUGGUGGCCUUCAUCCAGGGCCUCAAGGAGGAGGGCUACCAGCCCACGAUCCUGAGGAGCAAGGAUGUGUACGGCUACAGCUCGUGCACCGCGGACACUCCCAGCCAAACGAAGGAGAGCGCGCCGCGCGGCUGCGCCGCCGACCCCCCGAGGACUCCGGCUCGAAGCGCCGUGGCCAAGGUGCCCGCUUCGCCCUCCCGCCUUCCCCUGAACCCUCCCAAAGUCUCCGCCCCGCCGGUCCCUAAAGGGAAUUCCACAAACCUGCUGCUGAGCUCCUUGAAGCAGACGAGAUCCGGCACGUCCAAGGCCUCGGCUGUGGGCUUUCCUGCCGGCAUGUAUCCCGACGUGUACCCGGCGGUGAGGCUCUCCGUGGUGCUGGAAGCUCUGGUGCCGCUGAAAACCCCCGCCUGCCGUCUGGAAUCCAAGCUCACGCGAGGGCCUCUUGGGAUCUCGCCCUCAGACCUUAAACUCCUCAAGGCUUCCGGCCCGCCGAGGCAGUUCCCUUCGGGCAAGGCCGCUAAAAUAUCAAAAGGUAAGAGGUACAAGCGCUUGGUAAAGAAAGCCCCCGAUUCUGCCACCCUCACUUUAAAUCUUCUGAAGGGACCGAAGGGUGGAGUGCUGCAGGAGAGCAAUGCCUGCAAAGCCUCGGGGGUCCUGAACGGGAGAAUCACGGGCGGCUCGUCCCAGGGCUGCGCCGCGGCACCGCCGACCAAGGCCUUGAAAAUCAGAGCUAAGGAAGCCCUGGUGCGGAAAACGGAGUGGAAGGAUGGCAGCACUUACCAGGAGACUGGCGGGCAGAAGAGGAAAAGAGCUGCAGAGGCGAGGGAAGCACCGCAGAGGAAGAGGUCGAACACCAUUCCUGUCCCGAGUAAGUCUCGACGGGCUCAGAGCACUUGGAACCUGCUGAAAUUCCGGGCCAUCAAGGUGGGCAACUCUUCCUCCGACGACGAAGUGAGGAGGAGAGCGCAGAAGAUUCUCAGAGUCAACCUGUCCCCCGUGAUCCGAAUUCAGCCCUUGUCCCACUCUCACAGCGUCCCCUGAUCUGCUUCACUUGGUCACUUUUUUUCGUACGUGAUUACACGCGGGCCUGACACCAGGGCGGGGCGAAGGCUGAGAGCAACUUUGGGUCUCUGGUGUCUGGUGAGGAUACGUCGACUAACCUGGGGAUGGAGCAGCCUGCUCGUGCUGCUCCUGGCUGUCCUGCUAGGCAGAACUGACUGCACCAGCACAAAAUCAUGUUUAGGAACACGGGACGGUGCCUCUGGCCCGCGGCGAGCCGAGCAGGUCGCUUUUUCUUUCCUCUGGGCUCUCUGCUGAAGGCGGCAGGCUGUGCUCGCGCGCAGGGGCAGAACACGAGACUUUCUCAUGACAUGGAUGCACUGUGAUAAUGCUCUUUUUUCAAGCUGUACAGUUACUGGUUUUAUUUCGAUCAAAUUUUAUAACUUUAUUACCUAUCUAUACCCGUA